GAGCGCGCGCCGUCCCGAGAAGGAGCCGGGAACCACCCGGGAUACUCUUGUUAAAGGGGCGAUGCUUCGGGGCCGUGGGGCCCACCAGCUGGGAGCCCGGGAGACGAGUUGUGGAUGCGGAAAGGCGAACGGGACACCGGGAUGCCAGAGGAUUGCCGGCUCCUGAGGAACCGAGAAAGUUACCCAGCCCAGUCCAGUCAUGCAGGUACAGGAAGAUGGAGACAAUCUCAUUCCCUUUGCCAAAUGUUCCAGGGUGGUCAGCCGAUCUCCACCUCCUCGCUUGCCUUCCCAGAGCAUCAGACUGAUGCCCCAGCGUUAUGGAGAUGUCUUCUGGGAAAACCUUAGUCAAAGGCCCAGCCCCACCUGGAUGGAAGAACAGUACAUUCCACCCAUGCUGAGAGCCACUGGUUGCUCCCAGCUUGGCCUAUACCCUCCUGAGGGACUCACACCCCCUGAGAUGCUUUGCAGAAGAAAGAGAAGGAAGCCACACUUGGAGAGAAUGCAACUGGGACCUGGAAGCAUCCCAGCCCGAGUAAGGGCUGUUGCUUAUCACCUGGAGGACCUAAGGAGGCGCCAGAGAACCAUCAAUGAACUGAAGAAAGCCCAGUGGGGCAGCUCUGGGGCUGCAUCUGAGCCCCUGGGGGUUGACGAAGAGGGGUAUAGGUUUUCCAACACCACUGUACCCCCUGACCUGGAAGAAGGCCACUCUCUCACUCCUGGCAGGGCCCAGCUGCUCUGGUCUCCCUGGAGCCCUCUGGGCGGGCAGGAGACUUGCUCCUCCAGGUGGGUGGGCCCUCAGGCCUCCUACAGCACUGUCGCCACUAGCAGGAACCCCCUCUCCACUCCCCAUUGGGUGGAGUUCGAGCCAGAGGAGUGAGGAGGAACCACCGGAGGCAGAGGCGAGAUGUUAGCCCAGUGCCAUCACUAGAAUCGCCCCAUGGUUGACAUCAAGGCAUUUCCCCUUCCUCAGCCUCUCCAACUGCCUAGCCUAGCCCUUCCUCCUAGUGAGGCGCUAACAGCUUCCUAAGGCUCAACCCACCGCGCUCCCAGGGACUCUCCAGGUCGUUUUCCUGUAGGCCCCGCCCGCGGCCGGUGUUCUUCCCCGUUCUGUUAAUAAAAAGCAAGCAAGUGGA